UUCCAUUCGAAAGCCUGACGAUGUGCCACCUUCCGGGCCGUUGUUGACGCGGUGAAUCAAGGCGGAAAAAUCGAUUGUGCUCGUGUGAUUAUUUUUGUUUUGAUUUGCGGCCACCCGCUCUUGUAAUCCCCGCGCGGCCUUGGCCACAUGACUCAUGCCAGGCAGGAACAAUGAAAAACCACAAUAAGUACGUCAAGUUGCCCCAAGACCUUGAUCUGAGUUUCCACAGUGAUUUGGACCUGCUGCCGGAUACGGCGGCCGACAUCGACGUAGAACUAGACCCGGCUGCGGACACGGAUGUGGCCGUGCUCAGUGUGAACGUGCCUGCGUAUCUGGGUCUGGACGAGGACGACGACGUGGUAAUCAUCGCCCCCGGCGAAGAAGGCCUUCGAGUGGCUUCCACGGCGGCGGAGGCAGUGUCGACACGCAAGCAGCAGCGCAAGCAGCUGAAGAAUCAGCUGGAGCAGCAGCAGAUCCUGCCCAAGAGCAAGAUCUGCGGACUAGGCAGUGAUAGUAUCUUCAAGACGGGCCUGACCCUCACACCCGAAAUGCUGUUAUCCACCUCGGAAUCAUCGACCCACAGUGCCUCCGAGGUCGCCGGACGACUGCAGGUCGAUGUGCGUACCGGACUCAAAUGGACAGAGGCCAAGUAUCGAGCCAAGAUCAUCGGGCAUAACGAGCUGCUGCUUGUGGCAGAGGAUCCCACAUGGAAGAAGUACAUUGAGCAGUUUAAGAACCCACUCAUUCUGCUGCUUCUCGGUUCUGCUCUGGUGUCCGUGAUAAUGAAGCAGUUUGACGACGCCGUAAGCAUAACCAUUGCCAUCCUAAUCGUGGUCACGGUGGCCUUUAUCCAGGAGUACCGCUCCGAGAAGAGUCUAGAGGAGCUAAAGAAGCUGGUGCCACCUGAAUGCCACUGCCUGCGGGAAGGUCGUCUGGACACCUUUCUGGCACGCGAACUGGUUCCUGGAGACAUAGUCCACCUUAACGUGGGCGACCGGGUGCCCGCCGACGUGCGCCUUUUUGAAGCUGUUGAUCUGUCUAUCGACGAGAGCAGUUUCACUGGCGAAACAGAGCCGGCGCGUAAAAUUACUGAUGUUUUGUUGAACAAUACGAACGUUAAGGACCACAGCAACAUGAAGAACAUUGCCUUCAUGGGCACUCUGGUGCGAUGUGGCAACGGCAAAGGCAUAGUUGUCAGCACUGGGGAGCGCAGUGAGUUCGGUGAGGUCUUCAAAAUGAUGCAGGCAGAGGAGGCUCCGAAGACGCCACUGCAGAAGUCGAUGGACAUUCUGGGCGCUCAGUUGAGCUUCUACUCGUUCCUAAUUAUCGGUGUCAUCAUGCUGCUGGGCUGGCUACAAGGGAAGCCGCUCUCGGAAAUGUUCAAUAUCAGCGUCUCACUUGCCGUUGCGGCCAUCCCCGAGGGUCUUCCUAUCGUGGUAACUGUAACCCUAGCACUUGGCGUAAUGCGAAUGGCUAAACGAAAUUCCAUCGUUAAGAAGCUGCCUACUGUUGAGACUUUGGGCUGUGUAAACGUCAUUUGCUCUGACAAGACGGGCACUUUGACCAAGAACGAGAUGACGGCCACGAUCAUCAUCACUUCCGACGGAUACAUGGCUGACGUGACAGGUGCCGGUUACAACGACCAGGGUGAAAUCCACAUACGGCAUUGCAACAAUGUGGAGAUGGCCAAGACCAACAUUACGAACCUUCUGGAAAUCGGGGCGGUCUGCAACAACGCUUAUAUUCAAAAUGGCACCCUACUAGGACAGCCCACUGAGGGAGCACUUGUGGCGGUAGCCAUGAAGAACGGAAUGUACGCCACAGCUGAGAACUACGUUCGCAUUCAGGAGUAUCCCUUCAGCUCGGAGCAGAAGAUGAUGGCUGUAAAGUGCAUCCACAAGUACAACAACAACAAGGAAGAGAUUUUCUUUGCAAAGGGGGCUCUGGAGACCCUGUUGCCGCAGUGCACCAAGUAUCAGUUCGGUACCCAGACGGUUCUACUUACCAAACAGAACGAGGCCGAGUUCCUAGCCGAGGCGUACGAGAUCGGACGGAAAGGCCUUCGCGUGUUGGCGCUGGCCAAGGGCCGGUCUAUGCAAGAUCUGAUCUACUGCGGCCUCGUCGGCAUCACUGACCCACCGAGGCCCCUUGUGCGGGAGUCCAUUGAAAUGCUGAUGCAGAGCGGGGUACGUGUCAAAAUGGUGACUGGAGAUGCCCAGGAAACGGCCUUGGCCAUUGGCUCUAGCAUAUCCCUAGCAAACACAACGAGGACAUGGAAGCGUCCAACCAAAUGCAAAAUCAUAAGGAGGCAAAGCACCGCGAACGAUGUGCUCAAGCAGAAGCCACGGAAUGUGAAACAACCGAUGAUCACAAAGUCUGUGGUGGUGAACGUUCUGCUUAGUGCCAGCAUAAUUGUACUGGGCACGCUGUGGGUGUUCCAGCGCGAGAUGGCCGACGGGACGCUGGGAAAGACCAAACGGGACACGACAAUGACCUUUACUUGUUUCGUGUUUUUCGACAUGUUUAAUGCCCUGUCUUGCCGCUCGCAGACAAAAAGUGUCUUCACCAUCGGACUUACUACCAAUCGGAUGUUCUUGCUGGCCGUCGCCUUUUCGAUCAUUGGUCAAAUGCUGGUUGUCUAUUUUCCGCCGCUGCAAAUGGUUUUCCAGACGGAAGCACUUACGCCGUAUGACAUAUUCUUCCUGGUCUCCCUAACCUCCUCUGUGCUGGUUGUUUCAGAGAUAAAGAAAUGGUUCGAGCGUACCAUGGAGCGCAAGAUGUACAGCUCCCGCUCCGAGCUGGAUUUUGUAUGACAAAACGCAAGCGCUAGAGAAGAUUUGCACCCCAAAGCCGAGUAAAUUGAAUAACUAACAAAAAAAUCAAUAAAAAAGUAAAACUAUGCCAAAA